AUGGGAAACGCCGUGUUGGAGAGAAUUUGCGAAAGAAGAGUAGAAGAAGGUCUUCCUGGCAUGGCAAUUCAGUGGGGAGCUGUUGGAGAUGUCGGUCUUGCAGUUAACAUGUUGGAAAAUAGGCAGCAAUUAGAAAUUGGUGGAACAUUGCCCCAAAGGAUAUCUUCGUGUUUGGAAGAAUUCGAUAAAUUUAUGUGUCAGAGUAGACCAAUUGUGGCUAGUAUGAUAGUGGCAGAAAAACGUCCGAGUGCCAGUGAAGCUGUCAACGUUCUUGAAGCGCUGAUGAAUAUAAUGAAUAUAAAGGAUCUUAAAACUGUGAGCCAGACUACUUCUUUGGCUGAACUAGGGAUGGACUCCAUGAUGGCAGUGGAAAUAAAACAAACUUUAGAGAGAGAUUACGAAAUAUUUUUGACACCGCAGGAUAUCAGAGACCUAAAUAUCGCCAAGCUUACGGCAAUGUCUACCAAAGAUACCAAAAAGCAAACGAAACAAACUAAGAAGAGAGUUGAAAAGACGGAAAAUUUAGGUGGCAUGCAAAUACUGAUGAGGACCAUAAAUGUUUCUCUAUUAGAUGGACAGUAUUGUGUACAACUACCUGUUAAAUGUGGUCAGAAGAAGAACGAAGUAUUCCUUAUACCCGGUAUUGAAGGAUCUGCUGAAAUAUUCACUGCUUUAGCACCGAAAUUAAAAUUACCUGCUACUUGUCUACAACUAGGAAUAAACGAUUCGGUUGAAUCUAUAGAAGACAUGGCUGAUCUCCUCAUACCUCACAUUCUAGCAAGGACCAAAGGUCGCAGAGAUUUUGUGAUUGUGGGAUACUCAUAUGGAUCACUAGUAGCUAUAGAGUUAAUAAGGAAACUGGAAGCUCGUGCGUUAGUUGGGCACCUUAUAUUAUUAGAUGGUUCUCCCGAUUACAUGAAAGCCAUAAAGUUUGAACACUUCGUAGCUGCUUCAGAACACGAAUAUCAAAAU